GGGAGCGUUUGACUUUGUGUGUCAGUUUGUAAACGGAACUGGUGCGUUUCAUCACCGCUGCCUGGUUGCAGACGCCUCGCGUCACCGCACCCCCCGCCCGCCCCCUUCCCAGUACAAGAUGGCGGCCCCCACUCCGCUGCUGGCAGUCCGCGAGUCGAGCGGGACAUCCCUACGAUGCGGCCCCCCCGCCUGUGCACAGUCAUCAUCCUUCCAAAGGGACACAAAGAAAGGCAAAUACAUCGCUUUUAGUAAAGAUGGCUCUUUAUUCGGCUGGUGCAAUGGAGAAAAAGUCAGCAUUGUCAAGGUGGCUGAUGGCACAUAUCUUCAGUCGCUCGACCUUCCCAAGACUGCCAUGUUGGACUUCUCGCCUCUGGGUUCUGUGCUGGUGACGUGGCAGCCCUAUGUCAAAACCCAGGACAACCCACAGGGAGAACCUAACCUGCAGCUAUGGAACCUACAUUCUGGCGCCAUACUCAAGUCCUUCUACCAGAAGAAGGCCCAGGGUUGGUGUCCCAUCUGGUCGGACGACGAGAGCAUCGCCGUCCGGAACGUCAACAACGAACUGCACUUCUUCGAGAACAACGCCUUUGAAAAUAUCGCCAACAAGCUUCACCUGCAGAAGGUGUCGGACUUCGCCCUGUCUCCCGGACCCCAGCCCAGCAAGGUUGCUGUCUAUGUCCCAGGAAGCAAAGGCACCCCCUCGUUCGUCCGUCUCUACCAAUACCCUAAUUUUGGGGGCCCAUCCUCCGCCCUGGCUAACAGAAGCUUUUUCAAGGCGGACAAAGUGACAUUAUUGUGGAAUAAGAAAGCGACGGCGGUGCUGGUGACGGCCAGCACGGACGUGGACAAGACCGGCGCCUCCUACUACGGGGAGCAGACCCUGCACUACCUGGCCGUCGACGGGGAGAGUGCCGUCGUGCAGCUGCCGAAGAACGGGCCCAUCUACGACGUGGCGUGGAGUCCCAGCUCCUCGGAGUUCUGUGUGGUGUAUGGCUUCAUGCCGGCGAAGGCCACCGUUUUUAACCUCAAGUGCAGCCCAAUAUUCGACUUCGGCACAGGGCCCCGGAACGCGGCAUUCUAUAGCCCCCAGGGCCACCUGCUGGUUCUCGCCGGCUUUGGGAACCUGCGUGGUCAGAUGGAGGUCUGGGACGUCAAGAAGUACAAACAGGUGUCUAAGCCCCAGGCGGCCGACGCCACCCAUUUCUCCUGGUGCCCCGACGGUGAGCACAUCGUCACGGCGACCUGCUCCCCACGGCUCCGCGUCUGUAACGGUUACCGGAUCUGGCACUACACGGGAGCGGUCCUGCACCAGGAGCAGGUGGCAGAAGGGGCGGAACUGUGGGAAGUGCAGUGGCAGCCCUUUCCGGAAGGCACCUUCCCUGAGAGACCGGUCCGCUACCAGGCGGUGCCCACCGAGCUGGGCAGCACGGAGCCCAAGCCGGCACAGGCCUACCGCCCCCCCGCACUCCGUAACCAGGCUGCCAGUCCCAUCACCAAGCUGCACGAAGAAGAACCACCACAGAACCUCAAACCGGGUUCUACUGGAGACAAGCCGCUGUCCAAGACUGCCCUGAAGAACCAGAGGAAGCGAGAGGCCAAGAAAGCCGCCAAGCAGGAGAUGAAGUCGGACGCCUCUGAAGAGCCCGUGGAUCCUGCUCCAGCUGACUCUGCCCCAAACCAACCCACUCCAACCUCUGGAGAUCCUGAAACUGACAAGAAGAUAAGGAACCUUAGGAAGAAGCUGAAGGCCAUUGGCCAGCUGAAGGACCAACAGGCAGCCGGCAGACCUCUGCAGAAGAACCAGGUCGAGAAGAUAAAGAUGGAGCCCCAGCUGUUACAAGAGAUUGAGAAUCUGGAGUUGGGACUAUGAAUGGAAUAAUGGUUGACGGUUAAGGGAAUGUCACAAACUGUACUGGGAGAAUACUGGUCUCACUCGGCUACCUACUUUUCCCUUUAUGAAAUUUGGUGAAUAUGCAUUUGUGAUGGGCUGGGUUGGCUGCUCAUUUGCCUGUUUAGACCAUAAGCAUUAGCCUUAAGCACAAGGGGGAAUUUAGCUAAUAAGGAUCUCUCAAUGUACAAAUGCCUCCACACAGGACAAACGGCAACAUGAACUGGAUGAUGGGACCUGAAGUGUAAGACCGUUUAUUUUUGCUAAACUGAUUUAAAGCAAAUGCUUCUCGAUUUGGGACAUCGCCCUUGACAACUUGACAAUAUAAUUCGAGAAUCGUUCCAGAGUCCAGCAGUAAUGUUCCUAUCAAAUUUACUACAAGGCAAUAAAAUUUGCUGGUAAAAAGUA